ACACCUCCAUACCAAUAAAAACACACCUCUCCUCAAACGAACAAUCACAACACACAACUCUUCAACAUGUCUGAACACCCUGCACACUACUCUGGCGAAUUCCACGCUCGCGUCCCGCCAUCCGAGCCCAUGAUGAAGGGAGGACACCAACCCGGCGUCAAAGUAGGCAACGACCGCCUCCCUGAAUCCCACCUCGAAACAUACCCUCCCGGAACCGCUCCAGCAGAGUCAUCCUUCCGCCCCAACCCCGUCUCAGAAGUCCCCGGCCAGGCCAACAACCCCGAGGUCGACCCCUCUGGCCGGUCAGACCCCCUCGACUUCCCCGGCGCCACAUCAAAGGACGUGCACCAGGGCAUCGGAAUGCCCAUCCAGGGCCAAGAGGGACGAGAAGUAUCCUCACAGUUGCCCGGCAAGAAGCAUACCGAGUCGAGGAUGCACGCCCAUGGUCACAGCAAGGAGGGAACUGGGUUGGGAUCUAUUGCGGCGGAAGCCAAUAGGAGUGAUCCCGUGAGGGAGCAUGGAUGGGAUCUGCCCGAGGGUGUCGAGAAGGGCACCAAGGGCUUUGGAAGUGCAGACCAUCCUGCGGCGGCGAGCAUGGAGCCCGAGAAGGCAGACCGCGUCGCUUCAGAAAGGUCAUGAGUCUGUUGAAAGAUAAAGCAUGAUAGGGGAGUCUCGAUGGAAUCAACUUGUAAAAUAGUCU